ACGUCCCGCUCACGGUAGUUUUGCUCAAGGAACGAAAGCAAACGGGAAGCCUUCGGGAGCUCUCGAGUGUCGCGCGAGAAGAAAAAAGGGAAAAAGCGUGUUUUGAAGGGGUGUUAAACGUUGCACAAACUGCACUUUCAUGUCCUGGCGAAAUUGUUGGAGCUUAGAAAGAAGAGAGAAGCAAAAAAAAUUACAUAAUAUUCGUGGAGCUCGGGCGACGACGCGAUAACACCGCCAAGUCUCUUCCAUCUUUUUUGUUCCCUGCUGCGCCUCCGUCUGUUCCCGCGGGAUAAAGCGUGAAAAUUCGAUGCCGGGUGAUGUCGAUAGUGCGGAAACGUCACGAUGCAGGAGUCGCGGUUCGCGCGCGCAUCUUUUUACUAGGUGACGAUGAUUUAUUGAGUUUUCCCGUAUAUUAUUUGUAAAUAAAAAUAAAACUGGCUAAAAGUAAAAUAAAACGCCCAACUUGGUGAAAGCGUAUCGAAUGCGAACACGGUGGUUAAAAGAUGUGACAAAUAUUUCAACGAAUUAAAGUAACUGAAGUAAUCGAGAAAGAGGAUUUGGUGUUGUUACAAUUAAAAAAAAAAAUAGGGGCAAGUGCGAAAAAGAAACACGCCACGUAUAGUAGCCGAGUCUUAAAUGCGCAAAGAGGGUGUUUUUAUCUCCGUCUCUCUCUCUCUCUCCCUCUUUUUCUCCGUAACAUUCGGUGUUCCACCUGGUGUUUUUCGUUGCUUCGAGCUCCGUGAGGUUGGUAACGCGCAUUGCGGGAAAUACGAGCUUGGGUUUUUGGCGCGCGAUCACUUGCGCCACGACCGGCAGAUGGCCAAUGUGCCGGCACACGUAUAUUGAACGCACACACGGACGAAGAUACAUGCACGAGAGAGGUUCUCUUGCAUAGCGGUGUAUUCUCGACACCGCACACAAAUCCUGUCUAGUGUCCCUACCGUCUAUCUGGACUCUCCUUGGUACGAGUACGAGUGCCAGUUGUGCCAGCGCGCCAGCCCGUAGCCCGUCCGACCUCACGAGCCGGCCUCGUGCUUCAUCAAACACGAUUACAAACGAAAAAACAUUCGCAUAAACAGAUAUCUACGUAUAUAUUUCUAUACACAGCAUAAGGAGAGGAAAAAACGACGAAAUUGGAAAUAGGAAAAGGUUUUUUUCUAAAUAGUUGAACGAGCGAGAGUAAUAAUGCUCGUAAGACAAAGUCACUGAAGUAAAUCGCUGGGGGGCUGAGAGGGGAGGGGGACCCGUGGCCCGUAAACGUCGACGGUUCGCUUUUGACGAUAUAUCGCGACUGUCGCACGGCCGUAAAGAGAGGGGCCUCUCUCGACACGAUGGACGUGUGCGCGAUCGUCGCCAACAUGAGAAAAUGGAUACCGCACGGAGCGCGGUAGAAAACUCGAGCGUGUUAAGAGAGUGCAGCUGAGAACAUCUGUAUUUAUAUGUUAUUCAUAUACAUGCAUUAUUGCGUGUGUACACGUACACAAUAUACAUUGUACGUUAAGGAGAAUCGAGUCCCUAGAGUUGGAAACGCUUAUUGGGAACAUCGGUGAAGCUUCCCGUACUAUAUAUUGACAAGAAAAUACGAAGAGAGAAUCGAAAAGCUCUCGAAUCGCUCCGGGAGGGAAAGAGCGAGAGAGAACGAAAAUAAAAAAAUCGUCGAGAUACCGAGUCAGACUCUCUCUCUCUCUCUCUCUCUCUUUCUUUCUCUUAUGCAUACGUACGAGUUGAGCAAGCAACGAAGAAAUGCUCAGAGUGCUUGUUCUUCGAUUGUCAGAUCGUUCCACUUGCUUAUGUUAAAUACCCGAUGAACAUUUUAUUUCCCGGGCGAGUCAACGUACCAAAAUUUGAAGGAGAAAUCGAAAAAUUAUCGAGGGGUAAAUAAGUUCGUCGUACGAAGAAAAAAAAAGAGAGCGAGAACGUGUCCCUCGAACAGGCUAAUGGCUCCGGCUCUCUAACACACACGCUCUACAGGCCGACGAAAAAGCAAGAUACAGCAAUAAAAAAAAAACGAAAAAAGAAAGAGAGAGAGAGAGAAAGAGAAACGAAGAUCCCCCGGAAGAGAGUGUGGGCAACGUCUCAAAAUACUGCCUGCGCGUAUUCACGACCGAGUAGCCGCAAAUCGUGAAACACCGUCAAAAUGCCGCGAGCAAGGAGACAAGUUAUUCUGGAUGACCCUUCGAGGCCGGUCACUCCGGACAUGGCGCAGACAAAACUAGUGAAAACAGAAUUCAUCGAGGAUGGGUCGUUGGACGAGCUUCAAGCGCAAAAGAUUGCCGAGGAGACGCCCAGUCCACAUUUACAGGAUCACCAGUACGGACAAACGCCUUGUUAUCAAGUCACCAGGAGACCUUCACAACCAUUACCCAGAGCAGAGCAAGUAUCUGUUCAGGCGGUUAAAAGACGAUUGAACCUCGAAAUUGCGACAACGGAAACGAAUCAAACGACCUUCAAAGCACCACGUGGGAAGCGCAGAAGAUCAGGCUCGAGUUCGUUGUCAGGACACACGCCGACAAAGAGCAAAACCGUCGAGAGAACGAGAUACGACACCUCGCUCAGUUUGUUGACGAAGAAAUUUAUCAACCUCGUUGAGAGCAGUAACGAUGGCGUUGUCGACUUAAACGUUGCCUCGGAAAAGCUCGAGGUUCAGAAACGUCGGAUAUACGACAUCACAAAUGUACUUGAGGGUAUUGGAAUAUUGGAGAAAAAGAGUAAAAAUAAUAUACAGUGGAAAGGUGGCCAAUUGCCCGGUGAGAGAAACGACAUUCUCGAUCUUCGACGAGAAGUUGCGGAUCUGGAAGCAAAGGAGAAUACCCUGGACCGACUUAUACACGGGGCGGAAAAGAACUUAAGAGAACUAUGCCGCGACAGGCAUUACGCCUACGUAACUUAUCACGAUUUACGUUCCGUCGUAGCGUAUCGUGAUCAGGCGAUAAUGGCGGUAAAAGCGCCACCGGAAGCGACUCUUCACGUUCCAAAGCCCAUUAACAAUUUCGGUCAACCGAAGCUCCAAAUUCACAUGAGAUCGUCGCAUGGUGAGAUCGAGGUUUUCCUUUGUCCGGAUGAUCCUGGUGUUCGAACUAGCCACAGUCCCUCAACGGUGACGACACAGCAAACGUUACAACACCACCAACAGCCUCAAUCGCCAGUUGUGACCUUCAAAACCCCAGGAAGUGCUUCGCUGCCACCAGAAUUAUUGAUAAACAGUUGCGUCAGUAAUUCACGUACGGAGAGUUUGUCGAUGAAUCCAGAACCUGUGAAAUCUGAGCAUAAAACACCGGUGAAACUGGAGCUAGUCGAUUCGAUGUCUAUGUUAUCCUCGACGACUGGUAUGAGGGACGCUCUUCUUUGCGAAUCGGACGAUUACGGACCCAUGGGCGGUGGCAGAUUUCAAUUACAAACAGAGGACCAACAUUCAUCGCCAGAUAUGGCGAUGCUCGAUUUUGGAGAAACUCUUCUGCCUCUGGAGCCACCAUUGUCUGAGAGCGAUUACCCUUUCACCCUCGGCACCGAUGAAGGACUUUCGGAUCUAUUCGACUUGAAGUUCUAAAAUGUUUUCUACGCGGCUUCUAUCGCGCGAGAGCCUGUGACGAUGACGUUUUUCAUUAUGUUGUUUUCGUAUUGUUGUUUACUCUGAGUUCGUCUCCCCGGAUAAAUCGCGUUGUGAAAUGGCGAGUCAGGCCUCAAUUGCUACCGUUUUGUGUCUUCGAGACGCAACCCCGUAUUAACACGAAUGUGAUACGGCCUCGAAGUACACGAAUAUGAAAUAGAUUCGAUAUCGUUUGUCGACUUUCCGAUUCGAUGGAACAGAAGAAGAUAAAUCUUCGCCGUCGUCUCGUAAAGGCAAUUGUUCGCGCAUCGCAAUUCUCAUUCUCGUCGAACGCCAGGUACAUGAUCGAUAAAGGAAACGAAUAGAAAACAUAUCAAUUGUCCGGUGCGAUCGCUCAACUCGAGGAUACGUACUUUCUUAAGAUUCUCUUCUUGCUUUUUCUUUAUCUUUUAAUGUACCUAACAAAUCCGCCAAAUAUAUUCAACGAUUCGCGAGGCCAACUAUUUCCGCGCUCAUACUCUUCGAUUCGCGAUUCGUAAUCGAACCGUCUCCCGUGCAAUCCUUAUUCAUUAGUUAAUGUUAAUUUGAGAUAAAGCACCACGAUUUUGGUGAAAUUGAGAAUUUACGUAGGAUUUUGUUAUAGUGAAUUAUAAAAAAGAAAUCGAUCGACCGAUGACGAAUAAGCGCGUGAUGAGAGAAUAAGAGAUUGCAGAAAUUCAAAAUUGAAACGUAAACGAAAACGAAAAGGUUUUUUUUUUGUGAGAAAACAAAUGUGAAAAUAAGAUCGGCGUACAUGCAUGGAUAUAGGAAUGCUAAAUUAUUAUUUUCAAAAGAAUGUCACGGUACGCCGUUGCACAGUUGGAACUUGGUGGACAGUUUGUCGUAAAGCAAUUAAUAUUGAGUCACAAAAAUGCAUGUAGCGUACCGAAAUCUGUGUUGAAAACGGGCAAAAAAAAAACAAAAAGUGAAGCAACUGUGUGUCGUGCUCCGAGCGUCGAUCCCGCGUACGAUUAUCUUUUUUAUAUUAUUGUCGUCUCGUCGUAUCUGAACGAUUGAAAUGAAUCGUGCUCUCGUGCUCAUGCAAAAGCUAGUGUGAAACCGGGUACCCUUGACUGGACGUGGAUUUGAGGCAAUCCGAGAAUAAGAGGGCGAGAAGAACAAAGAAACAAAAGGUUAAAAAUCAUCAAGCACGGAGACGAACUCAAACCUCGUACUAAAAACGCAAAUCAGAAUAUUCAAACAAAACUUUGAAUGAAGAAGAGAAAUAAAACAAUAGUAGGGAAACUAAAGUUGGGGAGAAAAAGAAAAUACAAGAAAAAACCUUAGGCUAUCUCGUCUCGUGUAAACGCAUAUUUAAUAUUACUCUAAUAAUUGUCUAAUAAGAUACUUUCAGGAUGCCAAUUUGGUCCUGAUUAAAAGGGUACGUGGAAAAGAAUUAGCGAAUCAUAAUCGAGAGUCCGCGAAAGCUCGAAGAUAAUCUCACGAGAGUUUUUCUUUUCAACAGUUCAAAUUUAUUCACAAGCCCCUUAAGGAUGUACCCUAAUGUGCAACUUAGUGUACGUCCAAAGCCAUAGUGCCUACACCAUUACGAUCAGUCACAUGACACACAAACAAAACUUUGUAUACACGCGCGCUUCUUGAGCGCUCACCCACACACACGGACAUACACACACACACACACACACACACACACACACACUAACACAGGCGCGCGCGUACACGAACGUACACAAAUGUACACGUACACAAGCACCUCUGUACUUGUAAAUACUUUACAUAUGUAAAACGAACGAAAUGAGAGAGAGAGAGAACAUGAAGAAGAAGAAGAAGAAGAAAAGAAGCCGAAAACGAAGAAGAAAAUAAUAAUUGUGUGGGGGGAAAACAAACAAAAGAUAAUACGAGUGUGAGCAAAGUGUAAGAAAAACAAACAAAUUGUCGUAAAUCGAAAAUGUCGGAGAAAAAAUAGUAACGAGUGAGGGAGAAAAUUGAAUGUUUAUCCGAAUAGACACGAACGAGAACAGACGCUGCUGACUCCAUAUUACGGUUAUUCGUAGAAUAUCUAUUAAUUAGUUCUUUUUAAUUAUUAAUAUUAUUAUCAAAAUCAUUAAAUGAGCGAAUGUUAGUAUGUGCGUGUUGGUAUAUUUAUAUAUGCAUAUACAAAUAUGUAUGAAUGUAUGUAUAUGUAUAAAUAUAUUAAACUGCGCAGAGGGAUGACUUCCCCAGAGAAUCGCUUUGGGCUUGGUUCGAUAAUCGAUUUUUCGUUGUUUCGUUAUCGAUCGGAUAUACACAAUUAAAAUAACAAUGAAAUCCAAACGGAACGAUAGACGAGAAAGUCCAUAUACGAAGAACCGAACCAGCCAUUUGUACAAAUGAACAUUGGUCCGACAAUGAAAUAAACAAGAGAGAAAUAUAAUAAAAUUCUUCAACGGUCGUGUUAAAUAUCUGGCAAUCCGAAAGAGAAAUGAAAAAAAAAAAAAAAAGAAAAAGAAAAACACAAUUUGUAAAAGAGUAGUCGAGCUAGUCGUUUUUUUCGAAAUACGCAUCCCUCCAAACACCGAUUGUUAUAGAAAGAAAAUUGAAAUAAAAUAAAAAGGAAGACAAAAAACCGAGCAACGACGAAACAAGAAUGAAAAUAGAGAGAAAAAAAAUCCGCGUUAAUUACUAUUCUACUUUGAUUUACGAAAUUAACCGGCCCGUCUACGCUUCUUUUUUUAUUUUAGCAAAAGCGAGAGUGCACGGAAAGAGAGCGAGCGAAAGAGAGAGAGAGAGAGAGAGAGAGAGAGAGAGAGAGAGAGAGAGAGA